CCGCCUUCCCUCAGCCCGCCUCCCGUCCAGCCCCACGCACCCAGCUCGGCUUUCGAAACGUACCGAAGCUCCACCAUCCUCUGUUUGCUUCCACCGUAGCGCAGCCUUGGCCCGGCAUCGUCGCCGUCUCCGCCGGGAAGUCGUGCGCGCGCGCGGUAGCUCGUGAGGUGCGAUGGGCAGGCUGGGGUCGAAGAGGAGGGUGGGGGAGGAGGCGGAGAUGGAGGCGGUCGAGGAGGAGAAGGAGUACGAGGUGGAGGAGGUGCACGACCGGCUGCAGUCGUCGCGGAACAGCCGGCUGGCGCUCUUCGGCUCCGACCUCCGGCUCGGCCCGCGCCGCCGGCGCCCCCCUCGCCGCCCCGCCGUCGACGGCGAGGACGGGUUCUUCCACGACCACAUCAUCCUCCCCGACAACAAGUUGUAUCUGUUAUGGACCAAGUUCAUACUGGUUUGGGCGGUGUACAGUUCCUUCUUUACGCCCUUUGAAUUCGGCUUCUUCCGGGGCCUCCCCGACAAACUGUUCGUCUUGGACAUAGUUGGGCAGAUUGCCUUCCUCAUUGAUAUUGUUCUCAAGUUUUUCGUGGCCUACCGCGACCCCGACACGUACCGCAUCGUACGCAAUCCGACCUCUAUUGCCCUCCGGUAUUGCAAAUCAAGCUUCAUUUUUGAUCUCCUUGGUUGCUUCCCAUGGGAUAUUAUCUACAAGGCUUGUGGCAGUAAAGAAGAAGUAAGAUACCUAUUGUGGAUCCGUUUAACACGAGCUCUGAAGGUAAUAGAAUUCUUCAGGGAUUUGGAGAAGGAUAUCCGCGUGAAUUAUCUGUUCACAAGGAUAGUGAAACUCAUAGUUGUGGAGCUCUACUGCACGCACACAGCAGCCUGUAUCUUCUAUUACCUGGCCACAACUCUACCCGAGUCAAUGGAAGGAAAUACAUGGAUAGGGAGUUUGAAGUUGGGAGAGUACAGCUAUGAUCAUUUCAGGGAGCUUGAUCUUAUCAAGCUUUAUACCACCUCACUGUACUUUGCAAUCGUCACCAUGGCGACUGUUGGUUAUGGUGACAUUCAUGCUGUAAAUGUCAGGGAAAUGAUAUUUGUCAUGAUCUAUGUCUCCUUUGAUAUGAUUCUUGGAGCUUACCUCAUUGGUAACAUGACUGCGCUUAUUGUCAAAGGCUCGAGAACCGAGCGAUUUAGGGACAAAAUGAAAGAAGUCAUUAGGUAUAUGAACAGAAAUAAACUUGGGAAAGAGAUAAGGGAACAGAUCAAGGGGCAUCUGAGGUUGCAGUACGAGAGCAGCUACACUGAAGCUUCUGUACUUCAGGAUAUCCCUAUUUCAAUUCGUGCAAAGAUUUCUCAAACACUGUACAAGCCAUAUGUUGAGAGCACUCCACUGUUCAAAGGCUGCUCGGCAGAAUUCAUUCAACAGAUUGUCAUCAGACUCCAAGAAGAGUUCUUCCUACCAGGAGAGGUUAUUUUGGAGCAAGGCAGUGCAGUUGAUCAGAUAUACUUUGUCUGUCAUGGUGCACUGGAAGGUGUUGGCAUCGGCGAAGACGGUCAAGAGGAGACUAUUUUGAUGUUGGAGCCCGAGAGUUCUUUCGGAGAAAUCGCUAUCCUCUGCAACAUUCCACAGCCAUACAGUGUUCGUGUUUGCGAACUUUGCAGGCUCUUGCGGCUUGAUAAGCAGUCAUUCACAAACAUACUGGAGAUCUAUUUCGUCGACGGAAGGAAAAUUUUGAGCAAUCUCACAGAUAACAAUGAAUAUGGCGGUCGGGUCAAACAAAUAGAAUCAGAUAUCACAUUCCACAUAGGGAAGCAAGAGGCAGAGCUGACCUUAAGAGUAAAUAGUGCCGCCUUUUAUGGUGACCUUAAUCAGCUCAAGGGUUUGAUCCGAGCAGGAGCCGAUCCAAAGAACACGGAUUACGAUGGGCGAUCUCCUUUGCAUCUUGCAGCUUCCAAAGGGUACGAAGACGUUGCGCAGUUCCUCAUCCACGAAGGGGCUGAUAUCGAUCUUGCCGAUAAAUUUGGGAACACGCCACUGCUGGAGGCAGUGAAGCAGGGGCAUGACCGGGUGGCCACGCUGCUCUUCGGCAGAGGAGCCAAGCUGAACCUCGAGAACGCCGGCAGCCACCUCUGCAUGGCGGUGUCGAAGGGGGACUCCGAUUUCGUUCGGAGGGCUCUGGCCUACGGCGCUGACCCAGACUCGAAAGACUACGACCACCGCAGUCCUCUCCACAUAGCCGCCGCAGAUGGCCUGUACAUGAUGGCCAAGAUGCUGGUAGACGCAGGCGCAAGCGUGUUCGCAACUGACAGGUGGGGCACUACUCCGCUGGACGAAGGGCGCAAGUCGGGCAGCAAGCCGCUCAUGAUGCUGCUGGAGCAGGCGAAAGCCGACGAGCUGUCCAAGUUCCCCGCCCGCGGUGAAGAAGUCAGAGAUAGAAUGCACCCACGACGAUGCUCCGUGUUCCCCAGCCAUCCAUGGGACGAUGGCGCCGAGCGAAGAGAGGGGGUGACGCUGUGGAUUCCACACACGAUCGACGGGCUCAUCAGGUCGGCACAGGAGAAGCUGGGACUGUCCGGCUCAGGCCUGCGCCUGCUCGGCGAGGACGGCGCGAGGGUGCAGGAGGUCGACAUGGUCCAUGAUGGCCAGAAGCUCUAUCUGGUCGGAGGCGAUGACGGCGUGGGGCAGAGCGAGUAGAAGGCGCGCCUUGGAGCGGAAUAAGAAGGAUAGUCAUGUUCUUCCAGCAAAAUUUUGCUGAUCUCUUUUUCCUACCAGGUAUUUAUGUAGUGUAGGAUUAGCCUCCCAUGAUUUGCGAGCUUUUUUCGCGUGCCGAUUGUUGUACCCACAGGUAGAUAAGAAAGAAGGCGAGCCCUUUCUCCACGAUGUACAGAUUGUGAUGAUGGAAAUGAGAUGUAAAUGGAAAUGAAAUGUGCCAAACAAAGUCCACUUGGAAGUGUGAGAAA